UCUAAUUCUGUGCGCAUGCGCGUAGCGUCUUUUGAAACGUGUAGUGACGGUCCGGUUGUCCUACAAGCGCAAUGGCGAGCAUAAUUACCGAAAUGUUGACAGAAACCGCAACGGCUCUUCGCCUUGUGAAGUCUGUCCGCCAGCGACGGCUGAGCUGGCUGUCUGCGUGUGGAGGAAGGGGCCGAUACUUGUCUGUGAGUCACAGGAGUGUGGCGAGAAGAACGGCUUCAAGUCGAUGGGAGCCCAAAGAGACAGUGCACAUCCCCGGACUGGAGAAGGUCACCUAUGGAGAGAAGAUGCAUUAUGUCCCGGGGCUCGCUAAACCCAUUUACCCGGAGUGGAAAAGGGACUUCACCGAUCCCCGGCGGUACAAGUCUCCCCCAGACCAGGAGAUGCCUUUGCACAAGGAGAAGCCAUGUUAUGUCUUCCACAAGAGGACCAGCCUGCUGGAAGGUGUUCGUCAGGCUCUUUGGUUAACAAAAACCAAGGCAAUCUCUGGUUUACCACAGGAGCUUCUCUCCCUGGCAGAAAGUCCGGCUAAUCAGCUACCCGAUCAGGACAGUCGUGUUCAGAACGCCAUCAAACAUGCCCGAUUCUGGGACACAACCCAAGAACGACCAGAUAAAUUCAAAUACAGCAAGACACUCCUCUUCAACCUGCUCCAUCUUUGUUCCAAUCUCCAGUGCACUCAUCCGCUGACCAGAAGGAGAAUGAUUGCCGAGACGUGCUCAUUAGCAUCAUCGUGGACAAGAGGCGACGACCUGUUCCAGAUUCGGGGUCAAAAUAGUUUAGUGUAUAACAGCAUGGAUCCUCUCCCAAGAGUUUGUGGAACGGAGGAAGUGUCCGCCACAGCAGAUCAUACCCUUGAAACCUUCUAUCCUGUGUCGCCUACGGUGGACCUGCAGAAAGUGCAUGUGUACAAGGAAGACGUGAACUGCACAGGUUUCGGAGAUCAAUAUUUUUUCCCUCACGCCCACACACUUUACUUUUUGGAAGACGAGGAUGUUCGCUGUAAGCUUCGCCCUGAGCAGUUCAGAGCCAAGAUGAUCAUGUUCCUGUUCGGAUCUGCUCUGGCACGUGCACACAAACUGUUUGGGGCCAAGACCAGGAGUGUGUUGGAUCAUCCUAUUACAGUACAGGCAGUGGGGACCAAUGGCAGACUCUUCCAGUUCAUGGUCUUCCAGCUCAACACUACAGAUCUGAGAGAAGACGACGGCAUCAAGAACCAGGUUUGGCUAGAUGAAGAUGCAGAGCUCUACGAAUUUGCAAAAGUCCGACCUCUCAUCAAAAAGAAAGAAGUGAAGGUUCCAGCCGGUCUUGCAGGAUAUAAGGCAGAUACCUUCUCCAAGUUCCUUGCCCUGUACCUUCACAGCUCCAUGUCGCCCUAGGACCCCAGAUGGCGCUGCUGUAGUGGCUGCUGUAGGCAGGAGCUCUGUGCUCUUGUAUCAUCCUUUUGUGUUUCCCUCUUGUUUUCAUGUGUUAUUAUAUUUUUUUGCAUUUUGGUCCGGGACCCUUUGGGACUGUGUGACAAGGGGCGGCACUUUCGUGACCUCUGUGCUUUUUUUGUGGACUUCUGGAUCUGCCUCCCGGGAGCCUUUUGGCCAUGGAGACCAGCUGCAGGGUAUCUGCUACACCAGAGUCUGUUUGGAUGUACUGGAGGAGAUGCGGAUGAGGGGACAGGACUGCGGAGCUAGCACUGAGCGCUGGGACGAAGAAGCUCCGCGGUGUCUUGACUGGGUGAGCAGGUGUCAGACACCUCAGUCACCUUGGACGUGUCCUCGCUCAUCCAUGCGGACUGGACACUGGCCGAGAGUGGAGUCAGCUGUCUUGGUUGCUUUGUUGGGUCUGCUCCUGUCUCUGACCAUGCUCCCUCCUCCCCAGCAGACGAUGGCGUGGAACACCGCAGAGGCCACCACAGUGGAUAUGUUUAUUUUACUUUUUAUUCAUAGCUGUAUGUAGAAGUGUCUGCUUGUAUCUGCUGCUUUAAUGUCUUUAAUGUCCUCUGUGUUCUUUGAUGUUUGAUGUUUCCCUCUUACACACAUGGAAGAGGGAUGUGUACUAUGGCUAUGAGUUGUUCUUUUCCCUUGGCCUCAGUCUGCACCCCCAUUCCAGGGCCUAGGCUAAGACCGAUUUUUUAUUUUAAUUUUCUAUUUUUUUUCUCCUCCCCCCCCGCCCCCCUGUUUACCUGUAUCUCACCUUUUUUGUAAGGGGCGCUGGAAGCCGGCAGACCCGUCAGCGAUCCUGUUCUGUCUCCCUGUAAUGUUUGUCUGAUCUUGAAUGGGAUUGUGCUGAAAAAUGUAAUUUUCCUGAAGGAACUCUCCUGACGGAAUAAAUAAAGUACUAUCUAAUCUAA